AUGGGCGAGUACAUUGAGCCUAGUGCUGCCUCUUGGGUUAGCGAUGUUUUUCAAAAGCUAGAUGGUGCGGCUUGGUCCGAUUGUGUGGCAGUUCUUCCUGAGGCCGAUCAAGAGCAAGUCCUCGUUCUAGCAUGGGUGCUUCUGCUCCAUCGCGGAACUGUGCAGAGUGAAGAUGGGGCUUUUUCUUGGGAGAGAAAUGGAAAAGUCCAAGAGGCCUCCAUCAAAGAUGUAAUUGAGUCGGAGGACGCCUCCUUGGGAUCGGCCUUGCAAGCCAUCCGGCGGUUGGGUGAAUUCUCCGAAAUUGGAGACAUAAUCUCUUUUAAGAAUACUGGUACCAUGACCCAAUGGACAUUUGAUUUGGAAGCAAAGCUGUCUCAGGGCAAUGUAUAUAUCCGUGGAACCUCGAAAGCCUCAACAGCUACACAACCCGUUAGCGCUGUUCUGCCUCAUAUCCUCGCCGACAUCCUUCCUUUGAUCACUGCAAGCCACGAGCUGUCUAUUUCUGAUGCUAUCGAAAUUCGAAGCCAGGAGAUCUCGCAAAUAUGGAAGUGGAACGGGCCAAUGCCUCCCACCAUCGAUCGCUGUAUCCAGGAUAUCAUCAGCGAAAAGGCACAAACCCAGAUCGACCGUCCCUCUGUCGUAUCAUGGGAUGGAGAGAUGACCUAUGCACAGCUAGAGGAGCGAUCAACAUGGCUAGCAAAGCAUUUGGUCCACUUAGGCCUGCAAGUUGGCCGAGCUGUGCCCUUAUGCUUCGAGAAGUCAAUGUGGACAAUUGUUGGUGUGUUGGCAGUUACGAAGGCAGGUGGCGCAUUGGUUCUCAUGGAUCCCAGUCAGCCGGAGGGACGGCUGAACACCAUUGCCAGCGACGUUGAUGCCGAGUUUAUCCUGACAUCAGAGUUGCAGACAGGCCUCGGCUCUCGCAUUCUCCCCAGCGGAAAGCAGAUUAUUGUUGGGCCGCGGCUAUUCCAACACGAGACCGAGUUACCAUCUGUCAACCUGCCAGUGGUCCCAGCAUCGUCGACCCUGUACAUUCAAUUCACGUCCGGCAGCACCGGCAAACCGAAAGGUGUGGUGAUCUCCCACUCCAACUACACCAGUGGCGCUGUGCCCCGUGCUGCAGCUGUGGGAUAUGGAGAGCACUCACGCGUGUUGGACUUCCCCUCGUACGCAUUCGACGUCAGUGUCGACUGUAUGCUGUGCACUCUAGCCAAUGGCGGAUGUAUCUGUGUCCCAUCAGAGGAUCAGAGAGUCAAUGACCUCAGUGGUGCCAUUCGCAGUAUGAGCGUAAACAUGGCCCACAUGACGCCGUCAGUUGCGCGUGUGCUAGCUCCGGAUAUCAUGCCGUCACUGGAAGUUCUUGGUCUUGGGGGUGAGGCGAUCACUGCUAGUGAUGCCGCGGACUGGGGCCAGAAGACGCACAUUGUCAUCGCCUACGGCCCAUCAGAAUGCACGGUUGGCUGUACAAUCAACAACGAUAUUCCUCCCAGUCGGUCAUACACCAGUAUUGGAAAAGGUGUUGGAGGAACGACAUGGGUGGUGGACCCAUCCAACCAGGAUCGGCUGGUACCCAUUGGCGCUGUUGGAGAGCUGCUUGUCGAAGGCCCUGUGGUUGGCGACGGGUACCUCAACAACCCAGAGAAGACAGCGGAGGUCUUCAUCGAGGAUCCCGCUUGGUUGAUUGAAGGUGGCGGAGAUUACCCAGGCCGUAAGGGUCGUCUCUACAAGACUGGCGAUCUCGUCCGGUAUGACCCUGAUGCCUCGGGCAGUAUUGUUUUCAUCGGUCGCGCAGAUUCACAGGUGAAGCUUCGUGGUCAACGCGUGGAACUUGGUGAAGUUGAAUACCACGUCCGCAAUUACCUUCCCGCUGGCGCCAGCGUCGCCGCCGAAGUGAUCUUUCCAGGUGGGAAGAAAUCCGAUGCCACGCUGGUGGUGUUCGUGGCAGAAGAAAAGAGUGAGAAAACGGGCGUACCUGGCGAGAUCACAUCGUUCUCGAGCGCAUUCCAGAAACUUCUCGCUGAUAUCGAUGAGGCUCUGGCAAAAAACCUCCCUCGAUACAUGAUCCCAGCUGCAUACAUUCCGCUCGACCAGAUGCCACUCUUGGUGUCGCUCAAGACAGACCGGAAACAGCUCCGUGCUCUGGCAAGCCAAUUGACGAGGCGGCACAUUGCCGAGCUGAAGAUUUCCACCGCAGCCAAGGUGGCACCGCAAACAGAGAUGGAGUGUCGACUUCAAGCUCUUUGGAUUAAGCUGUUUGGGAACGACACGGAGAUCGGCAUUCACGACCAUUUCUUCAGUCUUGGAGGCGACUCGCUCAAAGCCAUGAGGUUGGUAGCUGCUGCACGAGAGCAACUCCUCGCCGUUCAGGUCACCGAUAUAUUCCAACAUCCAACCAUCGAGAAGCUGGCCCUAAACGUGGUAGAAAUUAAGAGCACAGAAUCACCAGAUGUUCCUCCCUACUCGCUCCUUCCAGAUGACUGGAAACCAGAGGAAGUCCAGACCGAGGUUGCAUCUCUUUGCAACUUGGAUCCUGCUAUGGUAGAGGAUGUCUAUCCUUGCACACCUCUUCAGGAAGCGCUCAUGGCUCUUUCGGCCAAGUAUGCAGAUGCAUAUGUCGCACAGCGAGUGAUAGAGCUCCCUGAUGCCAGCGUUGCCGAGCAGCUGCGAUCUGCCUUCGAGAGUGUAUCGGCAGACUCUGCAAUUUUGCGCACAAGGAUUGUCCAGGUUCCCCGCCGAGGGUUGGUGCAAACACUGGUGCGAACAAGUUCUCCCUGGAUUGAAAGCUCUAAUUUGUCCAAAUACCUGAGCCAGGACACAUUGAGAGGAAUGGGUCUGGGUACCGAGCUCGCCCGCUUUGCCAUUGUCAAGGAUGAGACAACGAACAAGAGCAGCAUCGUCCUGAGUAUUCACCACGCAUUGUAUGAUGGCUGGUCAAUGCCAUUGAUCGUGGAUCGUGUGAACCGCGCAUACCGCGGUGAGACUAUUGGCAGCCCAACGCCUUUCAAGAAUUUCAUCAAGUGGCUCGGUAAUACCGAUGGAGCAUCUUCCAAGGCAUAUUGGACCGAGCAGCUGCAAGGUGCUACUUCAGUCCAGUUCCCUGUUAUCCCAUGGACUGGAUACCAAGCUCGCGCCGACUCUCUCCUAGAGCACUAUGUCAAGCUGCCCCGGGCUUCGUCCAGCUCGACUACCAGCAUUGCUACUGCCAUUCGAGGUGCUUGGGCACUUCUGGCCUCGCAGUACACAUCUUCAGAUGACAUAGUUUUUGGAGAGACGAUGACCGGCCGCACAGCGCCUGUAGCGGCCGUAGAGGAGAUUGAGGGCCCGAUGAUCACGACUGUCCCUGUUCGUGUCUCUAUUGAUCGCAAGGGUCGGGUCUCGGACUAUCUCCAGAGCAUUCAUGAUCAAGCACUGCACCGCAUUCCUCAUGAGCAUAUGGGUCUGCAGCACAUUCGACGUCUGGACGCCGACGCUCGGGAGGCCUGCGAGUUGCGCACCGGCAUUGUUAUCCACCCGACCGCUGAGGAGAGUGCUGUCGACUUGGAGAAAAACCCUGCUACCGCAUUCGUUCCAACAAGCGAGGCAGAGGCCGCCCGUGAAGCCUUGAAAUUCAACUCUUAUUCCAACAUGCUGGUCUUCACGGUCGAUCCUAAGGGAUUCCUCAUCAUGGCCAGCUUCGAUUCCAAGACCAUCGACGUCCCUCAGAUGGAUCAGGUGCUGAAGCAAUUUGAUAAGCUGGUACAGAAGCUCCUCGAUGACCCAGGUCAGCGCAUUGAGAACAUCUAUGAUUCCACAGUGCAGAUAGAUAUGACGGAACAACGGCGUCUAGCCACACUCGGCCCAGCAAGUCUCCCUGCAAAGGAGGUUUACGCUGAUGCAACGGCCACUUGGAUUGUGGAUCCCAAUGACCAUGAGUGCCUAGCUCCUGCUGGCGGAGUUGGAGAGCUACUUAUUGAGCGAGAGGUUGAGUGGGAUUUCGGUGAUCUGAUUACCGCUCCAACUUGGCUUAGCCAUUCCCCGAAGAUGUACUCCACUAACCAACUGGCGAAGUACACCAGUGAAGGUUCGGUUAUUAUUGUUCGCGCAAAAGAUGCGCAAGUUGGGCAAGUCAGACGCCGUAUCAAGAGACAUGACAGUGGUACAGCCGUAACGACUGUCCCGCAGCAAAAGCUCCAGCGACUCUGGGGACAAAUUCUGGAUGUCCCAUUCGAGGACAUCCUUUUGGAUGAUGACUUCUUUGACCUGGGAGGCGACUCCAUCCGUGCCAUGAAGCUGGUCUCAGAGGCACGGGCUGAAGGUCUGCAACUGACCGUGACUACCAUCUUCGACCAUCGGGCUCUCUCUGACAUGGCUCAGCAUGCCGUGGAAGCACAGCCGGCGAAGACAGUAGCUCGUGGAUACGUACCAUUCAGUACACUUGACGUGACUGAUGUGGAUUCAUUUGUCGCUAACAUUCGUCCGAAGCUCGCGGAGCCCGAGUGGCAGGUCAUCGAUGCGUAUCCAAAUCGUCCACUCCAGGAAAUUGCCGUCCAGGGCACCGUCCAGCUUCCUCGCUAUUCUGUGCGUUAUGAAUUAUUCUAUAUGGACACUGUGGUGGACCGCAACCAACUGUUCAAAAGCUGUCAGGAGCUUGUUUCUCGUAAUGAAAUCCUUCGCACUAUGUUUGUGGAGCAUGAUGGGGCGUCCCUGGGCGUAGUUGUGGAUGACAUCAAAUGCCCAAUCGUCGAAUAUGAAAUUGAUACUGACAUCGAGGCCUUCAGCCAGAAGGUCUGCGAAGUGGACGUUCAAUCGCGCAUUCCCCUUGGAUCCCCCUUUGUGAAAUUCAUUUUCAUGCAACACGUCGACGGACCCAGCAGCUUGCUCAUGCGCAUUUCGCAUGCCCAAUACGAUGAGAUCUGUCUUCCAAUCUUGUUGCAGCAGCUCUCGGCCCUAUACGAGGGAAGACCAGUGCCCAAGAGUCUACCGUUCUCCUCAUACGUCGACCACGUUCUUCGCGCCAACUUGCCGAUCAGCAUUCCGUAUUGGCAGAACCUCCUGCAAGGAUCAUCCAUGACACGGAUCCAGCCAGACAUCCCAAUUGUGUCAGGGGCCCACUUCGCAAUCUCCAAGGAUGUCAGUAUUGCCGCGCGACCGAGGGACAUCACAGUCGCAACUCUGCCUACGGCGGCUUGGGCACUGUGUCUCGCCCGCCGCCUUUCCCUUCACGACGUUACAUUUGGUGAAGUAGUGAGUGGCCGGAACAUCGACCUUCCCAAUGCAGACGCAGUUGUUGGGCCAUCAUGGCAAUAUGCACCUGUGCGCGUAAAGUUCGCAGAUGGAUGGACAGCAAUUGACCUCCUGCAAUUUGUGCAGCGGCAACAUCUUGAAAGUGCACAGUACGAGGGCAUGGGUCUCAAAGAGAUCGUCCAGCAAUGCACUGAUUGGCCGGAGACAGUUGACUGGUUUGAUUCUGUUGUGCACCAGGAUGUUGAGCACGUUGAGGACCUGUCUUUCAUGGCGGCCAGUAGUCGCAUGCAGACUAUCUACCCGCAUUUCGAGCCCUUGCGGGAGAUCAAAGUGCAGGCAUUCCCCAAGGGGGACACUCUUUGCAUUGAGAUUGUCACUGUGGAGUCCUGGUCUGACUUUGCCAUUGCAUUGCUGGAUGAUGUUGUUGACACUCUUGGGCAAUUGGUGAAUCAUGUUCAUGCAAAGGUUUUGUGA